GUCGCGCGGUUCGGUAGCAGCAGCGAGUGUUGCCAUGUAGUUGCCAGUCGCGACGGCGCCUGCGCGUCGGUGCAAGUGCGUGUCCCGUCCCGUCCCUCACAGCUGCAGACAUUAGCGCCGACAGCGGAGCGUCGCAGAGGCGGCGUCUCAUGCCACCGGUAGCCAUGCUCUGCUUCGUGCAGGGAGACUUCGAGGACCCUCUGGCUUCCGCCAAGAGGCGCCUCAAACUGCGAAAGAGGUCGUCUGGCUGCAGCGGGCAGCAGGUGGCCAAGUCCGCGCCGUGCACGCCGCACGGCGACCGCGACAGGGAGCGGCUGGCGCCAGCCGCGUCCACAGCAGCCGCUGCCUGCGACCGCGACCUGCCCUCGCCGCGCACGCCCACCCACGGACACUCCUUCACCCGCCAUGACAGGCAGCUCAAGCAGCUGAGCGUGAGCGCGCCCGCCAUGACGCACCACCAGCAGGCGAUGGCUGCCGCCGCCGCAGCCGCCGCGGCCAGGGGCUCCUCGGAGCAGCCGUCCGUCGCCUCGGGUUCGCCGGAGCCGGCGCACUCCUCCAAGUACCGCCAGAAGAAGUUCCACCGGCACUUCAAGCAGGUCGCCGCCGAGGAGUACGUCCUCAACUAUUAUUCCUGUGCUCUGGUCGGUGAUAUACUUCUUCAGGGUCAUCUGUAUAUUACCAAGAACUAUUUUGCAUUCUAUUCCAACGUGUUUGGAUACGUUACAAAGUUGCUCAUUCCCACAGUAUCAGUAACGAAGAUCAGUAAAGAGAAGACCGCAUACAUUAUACCAAAUGCUGUUGGCGUUUCCACUGCAGAAGGAAAGCACGUGUUUGGCUCUCUGCUGUCACGAGAUUCCACCCAUCGACUAAUGACGCAAGUUUGGAAAGCAGCUCAGCAGCCUGACCCCCAGGGAAACUUGCUUCCUAUUGAACAGGUUAUGAAAGAUGAGGUGGAUUCAGCAAGUGGAGAUGUGAAAGAUGACGACGAUUCAUCUGUUUCUGGCAGUGAUAGAUCUUGUGCUCCAUCAUCUCUUGAAUGCAACACAAACAUAAAUCAGCCAGAAGGCUGUACAAAACUACCAAAUGGCAACCUUGUAAUUGGUGGAAAGCACAUAAAGCUGCCAGUUAAAUCUAGCCCCAAGCAUGCAAUAGUGGGCUUGCCUCGUUCUAAAUGGCUGCUCAUUGUUUCGACUGGACUGCUUGUACUGCUGUUCUUAUCUGCUGCUUUCUUACUGUAUCGAAUUUCGAAAAUACAGAGCCAGUUCACAGAGCAUCCACUUAUAACAACAAGUGAUGAAGUAUACCAAGAAAUUUUGAAGUGGCAAAGUCAGCUUCAUUCUAAAUCAGUUAAUGAAGUUCAAGAAUUUCUGAGCACUAACUUGGACCAGUUGGCAAAGGUGCGUCAGUCACUGGAAGCUUUAUCUUUACUAAUAGUGUCAGAGGGAGAGCAAUUACAGCAGUCGCAACAGCAGUCUCAAGAGCCAAUGCAUUCAGAGCCUGCUGGCAAGCAGCAGACUCCCACUCUUCCCCACGACAAGCAUAGUUAGCAGAGGCUGUACCCCAACCAUUCUGAGGCCACAGCAUUGUCUGGGGUCUGAUGAUGGUGGUCGACAUGAUCUGCAUGUUACUGUCUACUUGCCAUGCUGUCUUGGUGUGUGUGUUUGUUCCUGAUCUCAAGUUUGGGGCAUAACAAAAUUAGUGCAAGUGCAAGUAUUUAAACGUAUAAGACUAGCCAUUGUGUUUCAUCCCACAUUGCACUUACAGGAUUGCGAUAUUCUGCCAAUACAUGAAGUCCUAUUUGUGUUAUUUACUGGUAUCUGACAUUUUCUCAUUAAGCUGUUCAGAAAAUAGCUGGGAACACCUCAAGAGAACAUGAUAAACAUUGUCUGUGAUAACAGAGAUAAGUGAAAGAUGUCGGAAAGUAGUUACGUUAUUCGCUUACAUGCGACUUCAACUACAUAUAUCCUGGAACUUCUAUAACACAAAAUAAAGUUCCUCUACAGUUACUUGUAUCAACUAUAUUCAAUAUUGUGAAAUUAAACUGUGUUUGUACUAGAAAUUUAUGGAUCUGUAUGCAGGAAAAACAACUAUAGAUCUAAUUUUGUGAUGACCACAAAAUAUUUAUUUUAAUUUUCGAAAUUGUAGGCCUGAGAUGCAGAGUAUAUGUGGAAGAAGUGAUGGGUACCACUUGUUAAAGCAUUAUUAGUACUUUUAACGCACUAGUGCUACAGAUAGUUUCAAUCAUGGAUUUCACUUAAUUAGAACUGAGAAUAGAAAAGGAAAAAUUAUAAACAGAUCAUGUAAUUUUUUAUCUGUUUCAAUAUUGUGUGUAUGCAGUUAUACAAGAAAAAAUUAAUCAUGAUUGCUUUGUCUGAAUUUGCACUUUCAAAUUAAAGCAAACGUAUAAAUUUAAGGCUACUAAGUUGGCCUUCCAAAUUUUAUCUCACUGUCUAUUGCAUUCUUAGAUGAAAUAUGUUUGACCAGAAUUGCUAGAUGGCACAAAUGUAUCAAAGGUGAUAUAGUGACUAACACCACCUUAAGUUUUACACAUUAGUUUUUUUUUCUGAAAAUAGUAUUUUAAAAAUCUACAAAAUAAUCUGUGUGCUGUGUGCAACAAAAAGUAACAUAAGUCAACAUCAGUUGCAGUCUCAUAAAAUUCAGAUUUUUAAAUGCAGUUCUCUUUAUGCGAGAAUACUUGCCUGUAGCGAUUUUAAAUUGGCUGCUGACAUAUGUAUUUCUGCCACAGUAUAAUGCUAUAGUGGAGAAGUGAGAAAUUAGCCUGAAAUUUAAGCGUGUUAAAACUUCUAGAAACAGGUCAGUUGUUGAAUGACUGCAUGUCAGGAGUCAUAUUAAAUCUUGAAAGUUUCUUUUGUGCGCUGAGAUGUAGUUCAUCAUAUGCAGCAGUUCAUGAGGUACUACUUGUCGUAUACAAGUUUGUCUAGUAGUUUCCAAUUAUCCACAUACAGGAUACUUGUAUCUUUGAGUUUCUAGAUGAAAAACUAAAACUGUCCAUUCAUGGAGAUACAGCUUAAGCCAGCAUUCCAUUCAGAAUAGUAUUAUUUGUCUCAGAGGAAAAAGCAAAGUUAAUUUGUUCAUAUUAAAUAAGUGCAGCUGGAUACAAAAUUUUGACUGAAAUCACACUAGUGUGAAAACAACAUAAACAUCAGGCUCUUGAAUUUGCCAAUAAUAGUGUCCACACUAACUGUAACCUGUACCUAAAGAUAACUUGAAAAAUCUUACACAAGUACCAACACUUAUUUAUUCAGUGGAACAUGAAAUUUUGCACAUUUGAGAAACUGCUGUAAGCAAUAGGAAAUGUUCCUGUAACAUGUGGAAAGACUAAAAUGAUAAGUCGUACUUACUGACUUCAGUACUAUCAAUCGAACAUAUUGUAAUUCAAACUGUUGUUUGUAGUUCUCUUUGGAGGACACAUUUGCCAAACAGAAUAUGAAAAUGUGACUCUAAAAAGGUCUCAUCAGUAAGAUGAACUGAGUGAAAUAAUUUAAUUUUAUUGUUUGUAUCAUUGACUGUAGACACAGUGGGUGUUUUUGUGUGUCUGUCUUAUUUAUUUAUUUACUGUAAAUAAAUGUUAAACACAUGUAAAUAAGAAAAAGUGGCACUGGUGCAAAUAUUUUUUUGUUAUGAUUUUAUGAAUUUGAAAUGUGUUGGGAAGGUUGAUUGUGUAUUGUGGCAUAAAUUUGUGCAAGAUAUGUCCCUUUAUAUCAUGACUAUAUAUUCCUCACAUUUUCAAACAAAUUUUAUCUGUCAUCAGCUAUAUAUUUUCUGUGGUAAACUGGGGAAAGAUUGUACUGUUUAAUGUUUUGGACAGGAAUUGAAAUGUAUGCCCUAUGCUGUAUUGCUCUACAUAAGUAAAUCUUUCCCCAGGUCCAGCAAAAUUUAAAAUAUCCAUAAAGAAAUUAAAUCAGGUUAGUACUUUGUAUUCUGGAUACUCAGUCAAAUGUUAAUGUUUUUCUUCAGUGAAUGUAAAUCUCUAACAGGAAGUCAUAAUUACUUCUGUUAUUGCUAUCUUCAUAAUGAUUCAUAAGUAAGAAACUGCUCUAUCCCAUACAUUUCUAUGAUAGGACAGUAGUGUGUGUGUGUGUGUGUGUGUGUGUGUGUGUGUGUGUGUGUGUGAGAGAGAGAGAGAGAGAGAGAGCAGUUUAUAUUGAAAAUUUGCAAUCAAGGGUAAUAAACUGUAUAUACCAAUGAAUGCAUGGUGCUGGAAUUAUAAUAGACAAAAUUCUUACAAGUGUCUGUGAUAAUCACAAUUCAUCCUGAGAAUCAUCUCGGGUAUUGUGGAAUUGUAUAGUUAUAUUUGGAUGGUAUAUAGAGAAAGGUGUGACUUCAGGUUUUUUCUGUGUAAAACGGUGCUUAGUUAUUUAAUAUGGUUGUUUCAAUUUUCACCUUCAAGUAUAGGGAAAUAUAGAUUCAGUACGAUAAAAGUAGAAUCAAUGCAAAAAAAUUUAUAUUUACCGAGUGAAUUUUCCUGCAGUUCCCUUUCAUAAGCUGAUAAAGUGUGAUAGUUAUAUUUUACAGUCAAAUAUUGUAAAAUUAGAUGCUGUGUGGUGGUGUUUACACCAUUAAGAGAAAGAUACUUUAAAUGUAUGUAAAGACCUGUAGGAUGAAGACUUGUGCACCAAAAAGGCAAAUAAAAAAGAAACAAACCAAAUGUCACUAAUGAAAGUGAAUUUCUUAAUAUAAUCUUCACAUUUCAAGCACUGCAAGAAAGCUAUAAUUAGUGACUGUGCCCUGUGACGCUCAGUUUUUGCACACAGUAUAUAAGGAUAUUUUAAAUUUCAUGGAAUAUUAUAUACUGAAAUGAGGCAUUCUGGAUGUAAUUUAAACAGUGCAAUAUGCACAGCAGACCUGUAAAGCACUCUAAUUAUUUAUAUUAAUGUAAUGCUAACUAUCCAUUACUACUUUUCCUGUCAUAUACGUAAGAUUUUAUAUGGAAGGGCAUUAGACAAAUCUCUGCUAAACAAUAUAUUUCCCGUGGAAGUGAUUGCUACUUAAGAGCAUUUUUGUACAGUAUUAGAUUGCUAUUUUACACUGUAGCAUACCAAAUGACAAGUAUAAUUUAAUAAAGUACAUAUACAUCUUACAAAAAUGAGGAAAUUGUUUAAAUUUUUUGCACAGCCU